AUGACUCAGUCCGUAAGCUUUUUCAUUGUUGCAGUUCUCCUUGUUUUUGCACCCCUUUGCUUGGGUGCCAAGAACAAUGGAGGUUAUCUGUAUCCUCAGUUCUACGACAGAUCAUGUCCAAAAGCUAAAGAAAUCGUGUAUUCUGUCGUUGCUAAGGCGGUUUACAAAGAACCCCGUAUGGCGGCUUCAUUGAUCAGGCUCCAUUUCCAUGAUUGUUUUGUCAAGGGCUGUGAUGCAUCAAUACUUCUGGACAGCAGCGGGAGCAUAGUCAGCGAGAAAAGGUCCAAUCCCAACAGGAAUUCAGCGCGUGGAUUCGAAGUUAUUGAUGAAAUCAAAUCGGCAUUGGAGAAGGAAUGCCCUCAUACUGUCUCUUGCGCCGAUAUCUUGGCUCUCGCGGCUAGAGAUUCCACCGUUUUAACUGGCGGACCAAGCUGGGAAGUUCCACUGGGAAGAAGAGACUCCACAAGUGCCAGCUUAAGUGGCGCCAACAACAAUAUUCCUGCUCCAAACAACACUUUCCAGACCAUUCUUACUAAAUUCAAGCUUCAAGGCCUUGACCUGGUUGAUCUUGUGGCAUUAUCUGGUAAACAUUAACAAAAUUACACUUUUUUCUUUUCUAUGGAAUUCACCUGAUGCUGCUACAGUAUCUUCAAGCUUUAGGAUUUUGCCUUCCGAUCCCUACUGAAACAUCAUGUUUCUAAGACUUCAUAUUGUGCACGAAAAAAAAUGAGUAACGAUGUGAUUCGGCUGCAGGAAGCCACACAAUUGGAAAUGCAAGAUGUACCAGCUUCAGGCAAAGGCUUUACAACCAAACAGGAAACGGGCAACCUGAUUUCUCCUUGGACCAAA